AUGGCCGAUAAUGCCGAGUCGAGUGGUGAUAAGCAAGUCACCUUCAAGGUGAAGACGUCUUCGGAUAGCAACCACACCAUCACAAUGGCCGAGGCAGCCACCGUGCUUGAACUCAAGACCAAGCUCUCCGGCGACGACUACGAGAAAAUCCCCGUCGAGAGACAACGGCUGAUCUACUCUGGCCGCGUUAUGAAGAACGAUGAUACCCUUGGAUCCUACAACAUCAAGCCUAACAACACCAUUCACAUGGUCAAGAGUGCCGCAAGCAACCCUACCCAACAGCCCGCAACUGGCCCUACACCGAGAGCCGUCCCCGAGAACAUCUCAGCGGGAACGAACCCCAACGAUCCCCUAGCUGGAUUGACCGGCGCCCGGUAUGCCGGCCACCAAAUUAAUCUACCAGGAAUGGACAUGUUUGGACCAGACGGUGGUAUGGGCCCUCCCAUGGACGAAGAGCGAAUUCAACGUAUGAUGUCGGAUCCAAAUGUUCAGCAGUCCAUGAACGAAGCCCUGAAUAACCCCGACUUCGUAAACAUGCUCAUUGACUCGAACCCAAUGCUCCGCAACUUGCCCAACGCCAGGGAAAUCAUCACAUCGCCGUUUAUGAGACAGAUGAUGAGCAACCCGCAAAUGAUGAGCCAAGCCAUGCGUAUGCAACGAAAUAUGCGUGGAGGAGACUCGUCUUUCCCUGCUCCUGGCGCGACCGAUACAACGCCAGAUGCUGCCUCCGGAGGCAACGCUUCCGCCGGUCAGACUAACAACAACCAAAACCCCUUCAUGAAUCCCUUCAUGAUGCCUGGCAUGAUGGGCGGAGCAGGUGGCGCUGGCGGCAACAACCCAAUGAACUUUGCCCAGAUGAUGCAAACCUUGAACGGCAUGGGCAUGAGCCCCUUCGGACAGCCUCCAGCGAACAACCCUUCAACCACUGGAACCACUGGAACCACUGGAAACACUCAAGGAACGGCGACGGAAGGAUCAGAAUCCCGAGAAGGUCAGGGUCAAGGUCAAGGAGCCACAGCAAACACUGAAGGAGCCGGCGCUACACAGGGCAACCAAGGCCAAAAUGCGGCUAACCCCUUUGCCGCAUUGUUUCCGCAGGGAGGAAAUGCAGCACCACCUCCUUUUGGGAUGAACCCUGAGAUGAUGCAGCAAAUGAUGCAGAUGCUUGGAGGCGCAGGCGCCCCAGCGUCACCUCCGGACAACCGACCCCCAGAGGAGCGAUAUGCCGAGCAGCUGCGUCAGCUCAACGACAUGGGCUUCUUCGACUUUGACCGAAAUGUUGCGGCUCUGCGAAGGAGCGGAGGCAGUGUACAGGGAGCAAUUGAGCACCUUUUGAAUGCCACAGAUUAA